CCACUCCUCGGCAUACGUGAGCAGUGUCAUUGAAAUAGCGUCUGUUUGCUGGUGGCACAGGUGGAAUUUUACUAGACUCCGAAACUCGUGGUAGGAUAUGCCAGGUACAGCAUGAGUUGGCAUUAACCAUGUUCAGGAUAAGGGACCGAAGGCACUUGAUGCCAGCUGCGUCCCUGUUUAGAACAUUGUCAAGUAAAGUUGGCAAACCGCAAUAUGUGGCCCCAGAAUUACCAGAUUACAAUACUGACGUAAACAUUCACCAACACAAGCUGAAGAGACCAGAUCGUCCUCCCCCGUCAUGGACAGGAUUACAAGGCUUGAAGGAAAGAACGCAGGGUUCUCUGAUACCAGAGACUCUAAAGGAAAUGCAGGAGGACAAGCAGUUCCAGAUCACAGCAGAACAACUAAAGAAAUUUGGCCAAGCAAAGCUGACAAGGGAUGAAAGGAAGAAACGACAAAGGGCUUUGGAUCAGCUUGGUGUGCCUAGCUUUUUGGAGUACUGGCAGGAACAACAGCUCAGUAAUGGAGUUCUGGAUACUGAAGUGGAAAGAGAUUUAAAGAAAGAUGAAAUAGAGAUCAUGCAGUUGAACAUAGGAAUCUACUGUAACCAAGCCUGCAACCACUGUCAUGUAGAAUCGUCUCCCAAAAGAAAGGAAAUGAUGACCAGAGAAGUAGCUGACAAGUGCUUGGAUAUCAUGGCUCAUUCCCCAUCAGUCACCACUGUGGAUAUAACAGGAGGUGCACCAGAGUUGUGUAGUGAGUUCCGACACUUAGUCAAAGGUGUGAGGAAACUGGACAGGGAGAUCAUUGACAGGUGUAACUUAACAGUCCUCCAGGAACCAGGUCAAGAAGAUUUGCCAGAGUUUCUUGCAGAGAAUGGUGUCCACAUCAUUGCUUCCCUGCCCUGUUAUUCAGCCAAGAAUGUGAACAUGCAGAGAGGCAAAGGUGUGUUUGACAGAAGUAUCCAGGCUUUACUGACACUGAACCAGGUGGGGUUUGGCAAGCCAGGCAGCAAUUUGAAGCUAGACCUUGUGUAUAAUCCUCUAGGUGCUUUCCUUCCACCAAAGCAGUCUGAAUUGGAAGAAAAAUAUAGGGAGGAAUUGUUGGAUACAUUUGGUAUAGAAUUCACCAGUCUCUUUACAAUGACAAAUAUGCCCAUCAAGAGAUUUGUGGACUUCCUAUACAGAAGAAAUGAGCUCCAAGAGUACAUGGAUUUGCUGGUGAGGAACUACAACAUCGCAACUAUGGACAACUUAAUGUGUAGAAAUACACUGAAUGUCAAGUGGAAUGGAGAUUUGUUUGACUGUGACUUCAAUCAGCAACUUGAAUUAGGAAUUGUGCCAAAAGAAAAAGAACCAAAAGUUGGAAAAACGACUCCACUAACAGUGUGGGACAUCCAUUCCAUCGGUGAACUCAAAGGCUCCAGAAUCUGGUUUGACAAUCACUGUUAUGGCUGCUCAGCAGGGAUGGGGUCCAGCUGACAGGGAACAACAGUCUAAUAUCUGCACCAGAUUACUGCAAGCCAACGAUUCUGCUCAAGCAAAGCAAAAGAGUCACAAUUUUCCAGAAUUUUGCAGCGCACUCAUGUGUGCUCUAGGGGGAAACCUCAUAUUCAUUAGAAAUGACAUUGCAAUUACACUGUCAGAGGACACGGACAUGAUGGGCGGAAACUUGCAGGUAUUCAAUGCAGAUGCUAGGCUGCUGGCUUUGUUCUCCUUUGAGACUGAGAACAUAGGUUCUGAUACCAGUCUGUGGGAUUUCUGUAAUGAUGCUGUACACUAAAAUUCAAGGUGUACAGCUGAUGAAGUGAGUCUAACACUGGCUGGCAUCGUUGGACCCUUACGGUAAACAAACUGUAUGAUGGAUUCUAUACUCCAGAGUUGUGCUUUUUAUCUCAUUUACAUGUUUAUUAUAUUUUAAAAGUUCUCUUUUAAUAUGCAGGUAUAACACUUAUUGCUUUGAAUUGUGCCAAUAUUUGACAUUGUUAAGAACCCAUAAACGCAUCAUAGUAAAAUGAAAUGAUCAAUUCUUCCUAGGCAAAUCUUUUUACAGUACUGACCGAUCUACGUAUGGUUCAAGUAAAAAUACUACGUCUUAGUGAGUUUAUGAUUAUAAAGUUAAACUUAUAUGGUAAUUAAAGUAUAAUAUACCUGAA